AUGUUGGUUAAAGUUCUGUCGGAAAAUGUCGACGACGGCAAGGAGGAUAUUGCAGUUGAAUGUUCGUCAGUAGGAUGCUUUGUGUUCAAAUACAUGUCGUACAUACUGUUGACAGCGGUUGUAAUUCUUAUUGUUGGAGCUUGUUGUUUCAGUUACUUUUUCCGGCGAGCAUACACUUUUCGUAAACAAUGUCAACGGCAGAGAAUUUACCAUGAUAAACAAAUAGAAUGUGAGCUAGGCGUUUCGCUCGAUAGCGAAAACAUUUUCCAAUCGGGACAAUGGUUGAGUCAAUGUGAUCAAAAUGGAUCCUGGCAUCGGCCAGCUCGGCAAAUGAUAACCUUCAAUACUGAAAAGAAUAUUCUAACGGGACACGGUAUCGAUGAUAUUGGGCAAUUUCGUUUAGCUGGUAGCUUAUCGUUAACAUUCUCUACUGUGAAUAUAAUUAAGAAGUAUAUACGAGUUACCGGUGGUACGCAAGAGAAGUUUGGACAUGAAGUUAGAAUUGAUUUAGAAUGGAGCAGAGAAAGAAAUUCAUUUAUCGGAAAAUGGACAGUUCACACUAGCAAGUGCAAUGAUGAGGGCCCGUUCGAACUUCGAAAGGUGCCACAAUCAAGUGCUAAUAAAACUUCAGAAUAG